CCGUGGUGCGCAGCUUAGGACAGCGUUGUUGAUGGAUGCGCAUGGCGACGUUCCAUUCGACCUGGAUGCACUCUUUCCGUUUCCCGCUGCGACGCUGGACUCACCAGAGAGUACGAUAACGGUGCCUGUAUCUCUGAUGCGCCGCAAGAGCAUAUAACACGACCGACGAGCGGGCCAGGGAACCAACAACGUAUUGCGACCAGGCCCUCUCUCCUCCUCCCCUCUCCCUCCGCGGUUCACGGUCCCCCGGUCUCCCCAGCAUGCUGCUCACGUCGCGCCUGCUUGUGGCCAUCACGUUUGCGCUCGCGGCCGCUGCAGCCGGUCCCCAGCUCUCGCCCCGCGUCCUCCAUGAGUCUCGCAGCUUCGUCCCCAACGGCUGGACGCCCGUUCGUCGCGCGGGAGGUCACCAGCGCAUCCCCCUCAAGAUCGGCCUGGUCCAGCCCAACCUCGCGUCUAUCGAGGAGUACCUAAUGGAUGUCUCUCACCCGGAUUCGCCCAACUACGGCAACCACUGGACCCCUGCGAAAGUCGCGGAGACCUUCCGCCCGACCCCGGAGUCUGUUGACACCGUCCGCGCAUGGCUCCAUAAGAGCGGCAUCGAGCCCCAUCGCGUCAAGCUCACAGGCGGUUGGCUCACGGCAAACGUGACGAUCGCUGAGGCGGAGGAACUGCUCGGUACGGAGUACUACGUGUACGAGCACGAGACCGGCGUGUCGCACAUCGGCUGCGACAAAAAGUACCACCUGCCUGAGCAUGUCUCGAAGCACGUCGACCUCAUCACGCCCACGAUCCACUUCGAUGCGAAGAUCAAACGCGAGGCACCCGGCACGCUAGAGAAGCGCAAGGUGCAUAACAUUGGCGCGCCCGGCUUUGGUCCCGUAAACCCCAAGACCACCGGUACGAUCAAGAGUUUGGAGGACGAGCUUGAGAAUUGCGACACGCACAUCACGCCCAACUGCCUUCGCGCGCUUUACGACUUCGUUCAUGUUCCUCUUGCCACCAAUAAGAAUUCUAUCGGAAUCGUGGAGUACACGCCCCAGGCUUACGUUCCGUCUGACCUGGACUUGUUCUUCAAGAACUUCUCGUCUUCGCAAAUUGGCCAGCGUCCUGUUCUGAACAGCAUUGAUGGUGGUACCAUCGAUGUUGAUGGCUCCGGUUUCGACUACAACGGCGAGUCUAACCUCGACCUUCAGUAUGCCAUGGCCCUCGUCGGCAAGCAGCAAAAAGUCAGUCUCUACCAGGUCGGCGACACUGUCGAAGGUGCCUCUUUCAACAAUCUCCUCAAUGCUCUCGACGGCUCCUACUGCACCUUCGAGGGUGGCGACGACCCUUCUCAGGACGGCAUCUAUCCCGACCCUGAGGGUGGUUACCAGGGCAAGGAAGCCUGCGGCACUGUUACCCCGGCUAAGGUCAUCUCGACGUCCUACUCGUACGACGAAUACGAACUCACCCCUGCGUACAUGGAGCGUCAGUGCGCCGAGUACGCCAAGCUAGGUCUCUUGGGCACCACCGUUCUCUACUCGUCUGGCGACUAUGGUGUCGCUGGAUAUAACAACACCUGUCUACUUCCCGAUGGCACCGUGUCCCAUGAGGGGAAAACCUUCACUCCAUCAUUCCCCGGCACCUGCCCGUAUGUCACCAGCGUCGGCGCGACGCAGGUCAACCCCGGCGCCAGGGUAACUGACCCCGAGAGCGCGUGCGCGCAGGUCAUCUACUCGGGCGGUGGCUUCUCGAACGUCUUCCCCAGACCUGCCUACCAGAAGGCCGCAGUGAAGAACUUCCUGACCAAGUACCCGCCCCCAUACUCGUCCGACAUCUACAACACCACCGGCUCGCGCGCAUACCCCGACCUCUCCGCCAACGGCGCCAACUACGUCGUUGCCGUCCAGGGCGACUUCUACCUCGUCUACGGCACGUCCGCCUCGUCGCCCGUCAUGGCCGCGAUCCUCUCCGCCAUCAACGAUGCCCGUCUGGCGGUCGGCAAGAAGUCGAUCGGGUUCAUCAACCCCACGAUCUACUCGCCGACCUUCCAGCACGCGUUCAACGACAUCACGGACGGAACGAACCCCGGCUGCGGCACCGUCGGCUUCUCCGCACAGCCCGGCUGGGACCCCGUCACCGGCGUUGGCACGCCCAACUUCCCCAAGUUGCUCGCUCUCUGGCUCCUCCUCCCUUGAGAGACCGCCCUCAAUCCGUAACACACUGCUACCGCGGAGAGACUCUAGCCGGAAGCUGACGACCCCUGCCCUACUUGCCGCUCUUUACCACGUACAAUGGGUCGAGACUUGUUGUGCUGACAUUGCACUGUAUACCUGCACUUAGUUACGUGUGCAUAUGAUCCCUCGUUGACUUUGUCGUUCGUUCCUACGGUCAUUUGCAG